ACACAAUGCAGCAAGGACAGACCAGAACUCAGACCCAGGAGAGAAAGGGAGGCUCAUAGAGGGUCACUUAACAGGGUUGUGUGAACAGGCACUCAGGCACUGGAGUUUAUGGAGACCAAGACAGACCUGCCUGGUGGAGCUCACAUUCGUAUGCAACAGACAACAACCAGUAAACAGAAACGGGUUGUGAUGAGUGGAGGUGACAGUGAUUCGGAGAGAGGCCUCGUUAGAUAAGGUGGUCAGAGAAGGCCUCUGCGAACGGGACCGUAAGCUGAACACUCAAGGGUGGGAAGAAGGCGCGUUCUGGAGAGGUGGCCGAGAGGCAGGAACGUGGCGGGCUGGAAUAAAGAAUGGAAGUCGCUGUGAAUGGAGGUACGCCGGGAGAGAAAGAGGUCAUGGGUUUGGGAUUUAUUCACCACGUGAUGGGGAGCUAUGGGGCGCCUUAGUCCGAAGAAUGGUAGGUAGCUGCUCUGCGGAGUUCAGAUCAUGGGGAACAGGGGCCCGGGAAGCCUUUAAGAAAACCUGCUCCUGGGGUUCCGGGGACAUGAGGAAGGAGGUGGAGACGACUGGAGGAAUUCGGGACUCGUUUAGGGAUGAUGCAUGGACUUGACGGACCAUGAGGAAACGAUGAGCACUGGUAACAAACACUGAGAUAAAAAUAAAAAAUAAAAAGAAGAAAAGAAAAAGACAACCACUGAGGCGAAACCGGAGGAGCCCCUCUAUCUCAGUCCUGGACCAAACCUCCCGCCUCCAGCAGCGCCUAUUCCUAACCCGGAACUUUUGUGGUGUGGGAGCUCGUUUCCGGGGAGGAACUGACAAGAAAAGGAGCACUUCGGACAAGGUGCGGGAAAGAGACGGGCUAUUUCCUGUGCGUCGCUUCCGGCCCAGCCGGGCAGCUUUACUAAAUGGUUCGGGUACUCGCGGAGGAAGAGGCUCCAUCAGUUCCUCUGGCUCUGUUCCCGCUGCCUUCGCCCCCCAACGCCACCGCAACCUCCGAGCCGCCGACGUCUCCUGCCCCCGUCCCGCCAGACCCUCCAGGCUCCUUAAACAUCUCGGCUUGAAGUUCCUCUGGGUGCCCAGCGCCUCUGUUCCUCCAAGGCCCCCUCUAGCCCUCUGCUCCGUCCCCCGGAGGCCCGGGAGCCGACUGUGUGGAUGGUGCUGUACAGCCAUGGAGAAGAUGUCCCGGGUGACCACAGCCCUGAGUAGCAGUGCACUCACAGGCCAUACUAUGCAUUGCCACCUGGACGCUCCAGCCAAUGCCAUCAGUGUGUGUCGCGAUGCAGCCCAAGUGGUUGUGGCAGGCCGUAGCAUCUUCAAGAUCUAUGCCAUUGAGGAGGAGCAGUUUGUGGAGAAGCUGAACCUGCGUGUGGGUCGCAAGCCUUCGCUCAACCUGAGCUGUGCUGACGUUGUCUGGCACCAGAUGGAUGAGAACCUGCUGGCCACAGCAGCCACCAAUGGUGUGGUAGUCACAUGGAACCUGGGCCGUCCAUCCCGCAACAAGCAGGACCAGCUGUUCACAGAGCAUAAGCGCACGGUGAAUAAAGUCUGCUUCCACCCCUCUGAGGCCCAUGUACUGCUCAGUGGCUCCCAGGACGGCUUCAUGAAGUGCUUCGACCUCCGCAGGAAAGACUCUGUUAGCACCUUCUCAGGCCAGUCUGAGAGUGUGCGGGACGUCCAGUUCAGCAUCCGGGACUACUUCACUUUCGCCUCCACCUUUGAGAAUGGCAAUGUGCAGCUCUGGGACAUUCGGCGGCCUGACCGUUGUGAGAGGAUGUUCACAGCCCACAAUGGGCCUGUCUUCUGCUGUGACUGGCACCCUGAGGACAGGGGCUGGCUGGCCACAGGUGGGCGUGACAAGAUGGUGAAGGUCUGGGACAUGACCACCCAACGCGCCAAGGAGGUGCACUGCGUGCAAACCAUUGCCUCGGUGGCCAGAGUUAAGUGGCGACCUGAGUGCCGCCACCACCUGGCUACAUGCUCCAUGAUGGUGGACCACAACAUCUACGUGUGGGAUGUGCGCAGGCCCUUUGUACCAGCAGCCAUGUUUGAGGAGCACCGCGAUGUCACAACAGGCAUCGCCUGGCGCCAUCCGCAUGACCCCUCCUUCCUGCUCUCUGGCUCCAAGGACAGCACACUGUGCCAGCACCUGUUCCGUGAUGCUAGCCAACCUGUAGAGCGUGCCAAUCCUGAGGGCCUCUGCUAUGGUCUCUUUGGGGACCUGGCCUUUGCCGCUAAGGAGAGCCUAGUGGCUGCUGAGUCAGGGCGCAAGCCCUAUGCUGGUGAUCGGCGCCAGCCCAUUUUCUUCAAGCGCAAGCUGGACCCUGCUGAGCCCUUUGCAGGUCUCGCCUCCAGUGCCCUCAGCGUCUUUGAGAUGGAACCUGGCAGUGGCAGCAUGAGCUGGUUUGUGGACACUGCUGAGCGUUAUGCCCUAGCUGGCCGGCCACUGGCUGAGCUCUGUGACCACAAUUCAAAAGUGGCUCGGGAGCUUGGCCGAAACCAGGUGGCACAGACAUGGACCAUGCUACGGAUCAUCUACUGUAGCCCUGGCCUGGUGCCCACUACCAAUCUCAAUCACAGUGUGGGCAAGGGCAGUUCCUGUGGCCUGCCACUCAUGAACAGUUUCAACCUGAAGGAUAUGGCCCAAGGACUGGGCAGUGAGACCCGGCUGGACCGCAGCAAAGGUGACACACGGAGCGACACGGUGCUGCUUGACUCCUCAGCUACACUCAUCACCAACGAGGAUAACGAGGAGACCGAGGGUAGUGAUGUGCCUGCUGACUACCUGCUGGGCGAUGCAGAGGGCGAGGACGAUGAGUUAUACCUGCUGGAUCCAGAUCACGCCCACACUGAGGAGCCUGAGUACGUGCUGCCCCAGGAGGCCUUCCCACUGCGCCAUGAGAUUGUGGACACGCCACCAGGGCCUGAGAACCUACAGGACAAGGCAGACUCACCCCAUGUGAGCGGCAGCGAGGCAGAUGUGGCCUCCCUGGCGCCCAUGGACUCCUCCUUCUCGCUGGUCUCUGUUUCACACGCACUCUACGACAGCCGCCUGCCACCCGACUUCUUCAGCGCCCUGGUGUGCGACAUGCUACGCUUCUAUGCUGAGCAGGGCGAUGUGCAGAUGGCUGUAUCCGUACUCAUCGUGCUGGGUGAACGUGUGCGGAAGGACAUAGAUGAACAGACGCAGGAGCACUGGUACGCAUCCUACAUCGACCUGCUGCAGCGUUUCUGCCUCUGGAACGUGUCCAACCAGGUGGUCAAGCUCAGCACCAGCCGUGCUAUCAGCUGCCUCAACCAGGCCUCCACCACUCUGCACGUCAACUGCAGCCACUGCAAGCGGCCCAUGAGCAGCCGCGGCUGGGUCUGCGACCGGUGCCACCGCUGUGCCAGCAUGUGUGCCGUCUGCCACCACGUGGUCAAGGGCUUGUUCGUGUGGUGCCAGGGCUGCAGUCACGGGGGCCACCUGCAGCACAUCAUGAAGUGGCUGGAGGGCAGCUCCCACUGUCCUGCUGGCUGCGGCCACCUGUGCGAGUACUCCUGAUCUGGUCCCGGGGAGGGAGGAGCCUGGAGCUUGUGAACCAAAUAAAGGAAACGGAACCACA